AGUUGCAUCUACUUGCAAGGAGAAAGGCGAGACCGUCUCCGCACUCCCGCUUUAUUCUGAUUUUAGUCGAGUUCAAUCAUAAAACAAUGUUGAAAGAGCUGGUGAAAGAACGCCUAAUGGUGGCGGCCGAUGAAAUAUUCGCGCUCUUUGAAAGGACGAUGGCGUCGUACGAGGAGGAACUUUCUCGAACGAGAGAGGAGAAGGAGCAACAUCGACAACAACUGGAAGCUUUUAGCCAGAUUCGCAUGAUGUUACAAGCUGGAGACAUCCAGCUGGUUGCUCAACCGCAGAGGGAACCUCAGCCCCCCCACGUUAAAGAGGAAGAGGAGGAACUUUGGAUCACCCAGGAGGGAGAGUGUCUGUUAGGGUCGGGAGAGGCUGAUCCCGCCGAGUUGCCACAGACUGUUGUCUCUGUGAAGACUGAAGACACACAGCUGUAUCACAAAGGGGCGGAGCCUCCGAGCAGCAGCUCAACACAACACAUGACAACAGAAGCUGAUGGAGACCACUGUGGAGGAUCACCAGCAGACCACCUCUUAGCUCCACUAUCAGAUUGGGAGGACGCGACAUCACAGGACACGGACUGGGACAACACCCACAAACCUUUGCGCAGCGAUACAAACUGGGCUGAGCCCUCUGAACGCUCCAACAAGAUGACCGGUAAAAGGAAAAUUGUCUGCUCAAUUUGCAACAAAAGAGUAACUCGAGUACGUGAUUUGCAUCGACACCAAAAAACACACACAGCAAAAGCGGAGCGUUUUAGUUGUUCAGUAUGUGGCAAAAGCUAUUGUUACAAAUCUAUGUUCACCCGACACGUGGAGAAGCACACCGUGGGAAAAACUUUCAGUUGUUCGGUGUGCAUUAGAACAUUCUCGCUGGAGUCAGCAAUGGUCGCGCACAUGGCAAAGCAUUCAGGCGACACAGCCUACGAGUGUUCCGUUUGCUUCCAAGGCUUUAUUUAUAGGAGUGAUUUGAUUCAACACAUGGAAAUACACAAAGGGGACAAACCUUUUCCGUGCCAUGUUUGUGGCAAGAGAUUUUUUCGUAAUUCCGUUUUGUCGUCACACAUGAGAACACACACCGAAGACGACCUGUUAAGUCAGAGGCACCUGUUUAGUUGAUCCCAAGCUACCAAGAGGGGGGGUCGGUCGAUCGCCAAGCAACCUUCUUCCUAGGUGUUAGAAAGCCCACUGUUUAAUACGUUUGGGUUUAUGCUUCACUGAUGAGCAUACUUGCCAACCUUGAG